AUGGUUGGACUUGGUGAGGUGGUCAACCGAUAUUCGAAAGUUAUUGGAUGGGGUCCAGAGCGAGGCUGGAGUAAAGAGGUAGAUCAAGUCCUGCUCGAUGCUGUGUUAAUUCACGGAGCUGGUCGUCUUACCAAGAGUGCUAUGGUGUUUGGAUAG